UCAACAGUCUAUUCUUCCUGCUGCUGCACCGACUGCUGCACACUCUGGGCCUCACUGCUGGAAUCAUGCAGUCCCCUUGCUGCUGCCUUCUCUCCCUCCUCCUCCUCCUCUUCCUCCUCUCUGGGACAUGGGCAAACCUGGAGGGGACCUUCACUGUCCGGCUGCUCCAGACUACCACCUUUGAAAACACCUCAUUUGCGGACAUGGAGGGGCUGGGCCUGCUGGAAGACAUCGAACUUGGUUCUCUUGAUAAACACACAUGGUCCAUCCACUUCUGCCAGCCCUGGGUGCGCCCAGCCCUGCCCCGUUCUGACUGGGACACCAUUGAAAACCUGCUUAAGAUCUAUUUGCAGCAGUUCAACCAUUUAAUCAAUGAAGGGGCCAUGCAAAAGGACAUCCCCUACCCCUUUGUUGUUCAGUGCACGGCAGGCUGCGUGCUGUACCCUAACAGAACCUCUCUGGCCUUUGGCUACGUGGGUUACAAUGGUCAGGAUUUCCUCAGCUUCGACACAAAGAAUUUCACCUGGACCCUCUCCCAGGACACCAAGUUGUCACGGUAUGUCCAGUCCUUUCUCCAGAACUACACCGCCUUGAGUGAGCUGGUGGAAACUCUCUUCAAUGAUACUUGUGUUGAUGACAUGGAGGUGUUCCUGCACUAUGGGAGGGCAGCUCUGGAGAGACAAGAGCUGCCUGUAGCCACGGUCUUCGCCCGCACCGCCAGCCUAGACCAGCUGCUGCUUGUUUGCCAUGUCACUGGCUUCUAUCCCCGUCCCAUCAGUGUGGCCUGGCUGCAGGAUGGCCAGGAGGUGCCUCCGGGCCCAGCGCUCAACACCAGCACCAUCCUGCCCAACGCUGACCUCACCUACCAGCUCCGCAGCGUCCUGGCUGUGGCCCCCCGAGAUGGGCACAGCUAUGUCUGCCGUGUGCGCCACCACAGCCUCGGCACCCGCAGCCUUCUCAUCCCAUGGGGUAGGUGCCACCCAUGGGGGAUGAGAUGGGGGUCCUGA